UGCUUAUCCUGCUAUGAGAGAUCAAAUGCCAUGUAGAAAGGUUUACACAGUAACAAGUGGACAGAUAUUUAAUCAUACAGAAACACUAGUAAAUUAGUAAGUGCUGUAAAUUAGCACAACUAGUAAAUGCACUCCUGUAUCCACACCAAAAUAACUAAAUCAGCUCACCUGAGGAAAAUAAGUACAAUGUGCAUUUUAGUUAUUUCCUCUGUUUUGUUAUUUCUUUUGUCACGAAAACGUUAGAGAAGCUAGAACAAGUGUUGAUAGAUAAUACCGCAGCGCCAUCUCGUGGUUUUCUGUUCGCACGACACAGCUGACGCUCGUGCUGCGUUCAAGAUACAUACUCCGGCUGUCUCGUGCGAAUGGCCCGCGGCGCGAAGACAUUAGUCUAACGAGGUAAUCAUUAACUGCACUAUUAAUUUGCGUUUUAGUGAGUAGUUGGUAAUGGCAACACACAAAGAAACUCUUCAGUGGAAAACGACAAUUAUAGUCAGCACAUCACUCCAGGACCAUGACACAAACAGGAUGCUCAGUGCACAGGGGCACCGAAUCAGAUUGUCAGACGGUGUUGAGUCCGGAGCUUAUAUUUUUCCUCUGUCGGGUACUGCAUUUCUGUUGGUUGGCCCUCAAGACCUCCUUGAGCAUUUUGAGGAAUCUGGACUCAUAGAGAGGAUACAGAUGUUUGUGCAAGUACACCGCAACAGCUUUCUACUUCUAUUUGCCCCCUUUAAUGGGAAAAAGGAAUUGGAAAUGUUGUCGGUGCUUCAACACAGAUUCUUUGGCAGCAAUCUCAGGAUCCUGCCCGUGCGAAACAAUGCUGAGAUUGUCAAAGGAAUGUUGACAAUUGCCAAGGCCACCAGUAAGCCCCAUGUAGACAGUAUCCGCGACCGGAUGUCUCUGGCUCGGGCUCACAUCAUUGAAAGCAGUCCUGUGUGGGAGAUGCUGAGAGAAAUUCUAUAAAGCUCAGCAAAUGAUCUCACAUUUUUUCACACACUUCACACUUAUUGUUUUGUUUUAUUUGAUGCUAAUCUGUACAAA